UCAAACGGCGGCGGCGGCGUCAGGGAUCAGGACAGUUUGCAGCAAUGGCAGCUUUCGAGUCUCAAAACAACCUGGCCCACGGGGAGAAACCUGAUGCGGGGCCGGUUUCUGUCACUAUCCCAGCCUCUCCCUUCAUGCAAAAGCUUGGAUGCGGCACUGGGGUCAAAGUCUACUUGAUGAAAAGAUCUCCCAGAGGUUUGUCUCGCUCCCCUUGGGCUGUGAAGAAAAUUAAUUCCCAAUGCCACAGGAGCAAGCAAAGCAUCUAUCAGCAGAGACUGAACGACGAAGCAAAGAUCUUGAAAAACCUCCAGCACCCCAACAUUGUGGGUUACCGUGCCUUUAUUGAGGCCGACGAUGGAAGCAUGUGUCUGGCGAUGGAGUACGGAGGAGAAAAAGCUCUCAGUGACUUAAUCGAAGAAAGAAUCGCAAAACGGUUGGGCCCUUUCCCUGCUGCCACCAUUUUCAAAGUUGCCUUGAGCAUGGCGCGGGGGCUGAAGUACCUUCACAACGAUAAGAAGCUGCUCCAUGGAGAUAUCAAGUCCGCAAACGUGGUCGUUAAAGGUGACUUUGAAUCCAUCAAGAUCUGUGAUGUGGCGCUGUCCCUGCCUCUGGAUGAGAACAUGACCGUGAGCGAGCCGGAGAUGUACUACAUCGGCACUGAGCCCUGGAAGCCCAAGGAGGCUCUGCAGGAUGACGGCGUGAUCACCGACAAGGCCGACAUCUUCCCUUUUGGGCUGACUCUCUGGGAAAUGAUGGCCCUCUCCGUGCCCCACCUCAAUCUGGACGAUGACUCCGGUGAUGAAGAUGAGUCUUUUGACGAAGACUGCUUUGACAUGGAAGCAUAUUAUGCAGCCCUGGGAACCCGCCCAGCCCUCAACAUGGAGGAGCUGGACUCCUCCUACCAGUGCAUGAUUGACCUCUUUUCUGUCUGCACCAACGAGGACCCCAAGCAGCGUCCCUCGGCUGCAUCCAUCGUGGAAGCCUUGGAAGCAAGUCUGGCCCAGGAGUAAAAGCACUCCCACACCACGGAGCUCAGAAGAGGAAGGCUACUCCUGCAGCGUGUAUCCUUCUAGUAUGUGAAACCUGCUCAGUGUACUUAAAAUCAGAGCCUAAACUCCGUAAGUACUAACCCCUGGUUUAAGGGGGUUGCUCAACUGCACUUAGGUCCUAUAUAAGCUACGUGCUCUGCACAAUAGUUGUGGUUCUAGUUGUCAUGUUAUAGCUCCUUUAAAACCCUUCCCUCCAUGUCUGUGUUGAAUUAACAACAGUUUUGUGACUGAGAUAUUAAAAAUAUUU